AUGAAAGUACUCAAAUAUCAAUUAGAAGAUAAACAUCAAGAAAAUGUUGACCUUAAAAAGAAUAUUACUCAACUUUGUUCAAGAAUUGAUAACUUUGAAUCAUUAAUUAAACAUUUACAAGCAUCAUUGGAAGCAACACAAAAUCAAUUAUUGGAUACGAUCAAUGAUUUGAAUAUACUAAAAAAGAAUACAAAUAUGGAGGGAUUGGAAAUUGUGGAUUUAAAGAUACCACAGUUAAAAUGCAAGGGUACGUUUACGGGACACAAUGGACCUAUAUGGUGUAUGACAGUUACGAGUGGAUUGUUGAUUAGUGGGUCGUCUGAUACGACUGUCAAGAUUUGGGAUUUGGUUACGUUAAAGUGCAAGACGGUAUUACAAGGACAUACGGGGAUUGUACAUACGCUAGCAGUAUGUGGAAACCGUUUGUUUUCAGGGUCGUCAGACCAAACCAUUAGAGUAUGGGAUCUAGAGACAUACGAGUGUCUAUCGGUUCUCACUGACCACGACAAUACUGUAUGUGCGUUGGUUGUGGCUGCUGGACAUCUCUUUUCAGGUUCCUAUCAACAUAUUCGUGUUUUCGAUCUUGAAACCUAUGAAUGUGUUCAAUCACUCAAAGGACAUAAUCACUGGGUACGUGCACUCACCGUAUCGGGUGGUUACCUCUAUUCGGGUGCCUAUGACGUUGUUAAAAUCUGGGAUUUGGGUAAUUUCGAGUGUGUUCAUACUAUUCAGGGUGGCUGUGGUAGUAUCUAUUCGUUGGCCGUCUCUAAUCGUCGUCUGUUGGCAGGUACCUAUGAAAAUACAAUCGUCGUACUCGAUCUCGACAAUUACCAAAUCAUUCAAAAAUUGGGCGGUCAUAUCGGCGCCGUUUACACGUUGGCUGUCUCUGGACAGCGUUUCUUUUCCGGUUCCUAUGAUUCCACCAUCAAGGUUUGGGAUCUAAACUCUCUUAUUUGUGUUCAAACUUUAAAUAGACAUACCUCAUCUGUUGAAUCGGUCGUUGUUCAUAGUGGUUGUCUAUUUAGUGCUUCUGCUGAUAAUUCAAUUAAAGUUUGGAGAUAA